AUGCCGAAGAAGCGGAGGUCCAAGGGCAAGUACGCCAUUGACGAUUUGGCAGAGCCCAAGUUGGAGGUUAAUCGUGGCCGUCAAGUUCAGGAUGCGGUUGCCGGCACAUCGGACGACGAGAUUGACGCCUUUCACGCCGCGCGUGAGAAGGUGCUUUUGGGCGACGAUGACGCGAUGCCCAUGGACAGCGAUGACGAUGAGGCCGACCAUGUAAUGGGUCUCAAGGUGCACGACGUCGACUCUGCGGAUGAGGACGAUGACGACGACGACGACGUCGACGACGCGGCGGAUGACGAUGACAUGGACGAUUUUGAUGAUGGCAUCAAUGAACUCUUCCUCAACAGCUUCAAGCCGGAAAAACGCAAAGUGAAGACGGACGACCUCUACGGCGACGACAAGACAAAGGACGAUGAGGAAAUGCAGCAGUCUCUUCAAGGCUGGGGCCGGAGCAAGGACGACUUUUACGAUACCAACUACGUGGACCUUGACUACGGUACCGACUCCCAAGAUGAGGCCGAUGCCGCCGCUGAAGAGGAAGAAGCCCUCAUGCUGCAACGCCGCAAGGCACAGGCGUUGGCGGACGAUGACUUUGUCCCCGCUUCGCUUCAAUCCAAGGUCGAGUCCCUCAAGCCUGCCCGGGCCAAGACCCCCAAGAAGGCCACAAAGGCCCGCUUUGCGGCCGCCCCUGCCGUCGAAGAAGUGCCCCGCGACUUGGAAAGCAUGUCUGUUGAAGAGCGCACCAAGUAUCUGCAACGCACUCGCCCUGAACUUGGCAAGCUCGCUGGUCUUUUUGAUGUCUUGAAAUCAGAAAAGACGCAGCUUUUGGAUCCGUUGAUGUCUCACUUUGAAGAUGAAGACGCGGCUGUCGCUCGUCUGGAGGCUCUGGGUCUGCCUGAGGCCCUGGUCAACUACGUCAGCGAACGUUCGGCCCUUAUCAACGCCUACAUGGCCACGAUUGUCUCCUUUCUCGUGUUGAGCCGCCGUUCGCGCGAGGAGUUGGAGCAUCACCCCGUGGCAGCCUCUCUUCUCCGCUUACAAACGGUGUGGACCGAAGCACACGAGGCGCAUGAGGUGCUCUUGCCGUCUCUCCAAGAGGCGCUCGCAGCCCUGGACGAAGCGACCGAUGCCAUCGACGAGAAUGAAGAAGAAGACGAAGAAGAAGAAGUCGCAGAGGAACCUGCAGCUGUAUUCAAGUCGCGUUCGGGCACCAAACCUGUCACAGCCAAGCCAAAGCGCGGCAAGCUACCAGCUCCGGAAGAUAUUGUCCUUUCUGGAGAUUCUGCUGAUGAGGGCGAUCACGACGACUACUACACGCAAAUGCUGGAAGACAAGCAGCUUAAGAAGCUCGCCAAAACGCUUCCCCAAGAUGAUGGGCGAACGGACGACACGGCUGAGCAGCGCAGCGUCACGUAUCAGAUUAUGAAGAACAAAGGUCUAUUGCCAGCGCGCAAAAAGGAAUAUCGCAACCCCCGCGUUCGACAGCGCAACAAAUUCCAACGCGCACAGAAGCGUCGCAAAGGCCAAGUGCAGGAAGCUGUCACGGAGGUGCCCGUCUACCGAGGCGAGACCCGUGGUAUCAAGCGCACUGUCACCAAAUCUACCAAGCUUUCUUAA